AUUGAUCGUGAAUGACUAUAAUUAUCUUCAAGUACCUAGUCGAAAGGGUAGCUGAGUAAGGAGGUGACUAAGCUGACGUUCAGGGAUCAGUGACCCCACGUACUCGAAUAGGAAACAUAACCCCGCGAUUCCGAUUCUCGGAGUGCUUGGUCACCACGCAAUUUGGAAGAGACCGCACCAACGUGGAAGGACCAAUGAACUAAUUGCAUAUCCUCAGCUCAAGAUUUCUCACCGUGCCUUCCAGUGCAUCAUACCGAAAGAAAGAAAUUACACUUUUCGUAAUAUUCAAUUGAAGAUUGGGAAAGCAAGAAACAUACACUACAAUGGCUCCAUUCCCACCUCCACCAGUCAAUACCAUUGAUUGGUCUAACGUUGGCUUCCGAGUUCGUGAAGUAAACGGACAUAUCGAGUCGCACUUCUCUAAGAAAACCGGAAAAUGGUCGACACCCGAGUUCGUCACCGAUCCUUACAUCCGUAUCCAUGGCAUGGCUCCGGCUCUCAACUAUGGCCAACAAGCCUACGAGGGUCUCAAGGCCUUCCGUGAUCCAUCUGGUAACAUCAAAGUCUUCCGACCUGACCGCAAUGCCAUUCGAAUGCAGCACUCGGCAGAAUUCAUCUCGGUUCCUCCUGUACCCUCCGACCUAUUCGUUGAAGCCGUAAAAGCUGCCGUUUCUCUAAAUGCCGAGUAUGUUCCACCUCACGAGACGGGCGCCGCGAUGUACAUCCGACCGCAAAUCUACGGAUCGAGCGCGCAAUUAGGACUUAACCCUCCCGAAGAAUACAUGUUCUGCGUUUAUGUUAUACCUACCGGUGUGUACCACGGUACGCAUCCCGUCAAGGCCUUGAUUCUAGACGACUUCGACCGCGCAGCGCCGAACGGUACGGGAAGCGCAAAGAUCGGAGGUAAUUAUGCGCCGGUGCUUAGGUGGAGUGACAAGGCAAGAGAAGCGGGAUAUGGUAUCACUCUUCACCUGGACAGUGCGACACAUUCGGAAAUCGAUGAGUUCAGCACAAGUGGUUUCAUCGGAGCACUUGUGGACGGGGACAACGUGACCCUUGUGGUACCCGACUCGAAGAAUGUGAUCCAAAGUGUAACCGCCGAUAGUAUUACGGAUAUCGGCCGGAGCUUCGGAUGGAAAGUAGAGAAGCGACAAAUAAAAUACGGCGAGCUUCCAAAGUUCUCCGAGGUUAUGGCUGCAGGUACGGCUGCGGCGUUGGUACCAAUAAGGUCCAUCUCGCGACGCUCCGACCCCGCUUUGCCUCUGUCUGCUAGCUCGCGUGUAUCGACUGAGGGUGAUUUAGAAAAAGUCACCUAUAUCCCCGAUGCGAAUGAAGAUGCUGGUCCAAUAUGUCUGCGACUGUUGACUCAACUCAAAGGCAUCCAGCUAGGAAAGGUCAAGGAUGACUUCGGCUGGUGCUUUCCUGUCACCCGCGAAGACGGAGUCGAGGUCACUGGCGGGACAAAUGGGAAUGGAGUGCCGAAAAAUGGAGAAUCCAUUGAUCAAUUGGAUUAAUUGAGAGAAAUGAGUAUUUUCUAGAUGAUUCUUAUAUGUGGAGUUUACCUAUGGGCAAGACAAAAAA